AUCGCGGGCGGCCGGGUCCACCACCAGCACCCGCAGAAUGGCACUGCCGAACCGGAACCUCACCCCGACCACGACCCCGACCCUGACCGACCCGCUGGUCGGGGCUAUUGAUCAGGGAACGAGCUCCACGAGAUUUCUGGUGUUUAAUGCUAAAACUGCUGAGCUAAUUAGCCAACAUCAGGUGGAAAUAACCCAGAGUUUCCCCAAGGAAGGAUGGGUGGAGGAAGAUCCGAAAGAGAUUUUACAGUCUGUGUUUGAGUGCAUCGAGAGGACCAGCGAAAAACUUGCUCAGCUCAGCAUUGACAUGUCCAACAUCAAAGCACUCGGAGUGACCAAUCAAAGAGAGACCACUAUUGUGUGGGAUAAAGAAACUGGAAAGCCCCUCUACAAUGCUAUUGUGUGGCUGGAUCUGCGAACGCAGACCACUGUGAAAAGUCUGAUUGAGAAAACACCUGGAAAAAACAAAAACCACCUGAAGCAUAAAACUGGGCUGCCCAUCAGUACGUAUUUCAGCGCGUUGAAGCUGCGCUGGUUAAUGGAUAAUGUAGGGGAAGUGGCGGAGGCUGUGGACGCUCGCCGAGCUAUUUUCGGUACGGUGGAUUCUUGGCUAAUCUGGUGUUUGACAGGAGGACAGAAUGGUGGAGUUCACUGCACAGAUGUCACCAAUGCCAGUCGCACCAUGCUGUUCAACAUAGACACAAUGAAGUGGGAUGAGGAACUGUGCAAAUAUUUUGAUGUUCCUAUUGAAAUUCUCCCUCAAGUCAGAAGCUCCUCAGAGAUAUAUGGCUACAUGGUAUGUAAUAGCUCUGGUUCACUGGCAGGAGUGCCCAUCUCUGGAUGUUUGGGAGACCAGUCAGCUGCUCUUGUGGGUCAAAUGUGUUUCAAGGAUGGUCAAGCCAAAAACACAUAUGGAACUGGCUGCUUCAUGCUCAAAAAUACUGGAACAAAACCUGUGAUGUCAGACCAUGGUCUUCUUACAACAGUUGCAUAUAAACUGGGCCGGGACCAACCCACAUACUAUGCACUUGAGGGCUCUGUUGCCAUAGCUGGAGCAGUAGUGAGGUGGCUGAAGGACAAUCUGGGAAUAAUCAAAUCAUCUUCAGACAUUGAAAAUCUGGCUGCUGCAGCUGGAACUUCAUACGGUUGUUAUUUUGUACCAGCGUUUUCUGGGCUGUACGCUCCAUACUGGGAACCUAGUGCUCGAGGGAUUAUCUGUGGCCUGACACAGUUCACAAACAGAAGUCACUUGGCCUUUGCUGCACUAGAGGCUGUGUGCUUUCAAACACGAGAGGUUCUGGAUGCGAUGAAUAGAGACAGUGGUGUUCCACUUACUCAGUUACAUGUAGAUGGAGGGAUGACCGCUAAUAAAUUACUAAUGCAACUGCAGGCUGAUAUCCUAUGCAUCCCAGUGGUGAGACCCUCAAUGUCUGAGACCACUGCUUUGGGUGCUGCCAUGGCUGCAGGAGCAGCUGAAGGGGUCAAUGUGUGGAGCAUAAACCCUGAUGGUAUGACCUCUGUGACCUCUGAGAAGUACCAAGCUCAGAUCAACCCAGAUGAGAGUGAAUUUCGCUACACCAGAUGGAAGAAAGCUGUCCAAAAAGCUAUGAACUGGGAGACAAUGGAGCCAGUGCCCAAUGAGAAUGGUAAAACAUACACACACUCAAAGUAGGGUGUGGCUCAGUACAGCCCAGCUGAAAAGAUAUGAUAUACAUAUACUGCCAAAAGUUUUUGUUCACCCAUCAAAAUCAUUGAUCUCUGCUUCCAAUCACUUUUGUGGCCAUGGGUGUGUAAAAGCAAGCACUAAGCAUGCAGACUGCUUCUACAAACAUUAGUGAAAGAAUGGGUUGUUCUCAGAAGCUCAGUGAAUUACAUAGUGCUACCGUAAAAGGAUGCUGCACCUGUCAUCCAGUCCAGUCGUGAAAUUUCAUCACAGCUAAAUGACUUGUAAUGGAUUUUCAGAACCGAGCAUUACCAAGACUCCAUCCUUCACAUCACCAAACACAAACAAAUACUUUUGGAAAUUUAGUGUAAUUUUCCUCUAUUAUUUGUAUCAAUCACAGAAUGUUUAGAUGUUACUCGAUUCAUAGUUGAUUUCCAGGUAAAAUUUUAGUAGACUUUUAGUAAACUUCAAAAGUUUUUAGCAGUAAAAAACUCCAGAAACAUUAUUAGGUUAUCUUAUUUACUAAAACUGGCACCAUUAGAGGGUUUUCCAUCCACUGACAUUUUGUUCAUUUUGAAAAUGUGCUUAAAUACCUAAAUGGAAAAAGGUUCACUUUUGCUAGGACUAGGUGGAAAAUUAUAAUAUUGCUAAAACCAAAAUCUAUGUUUUUCCAAUAAAUGAUGAUGUAUGAAAUCUCAAAUCAGUAAUUGCAGAGUAUUAUGUUACAUAUAAAAAUAUAAUUAAAAUAGGUACUGUUAGAUCUAAGUAUUAUUGAAUAGUCGACCCAAUAGAGUACAGGCUGUGAACAUGAAGAAAUGAGAUUUGUUAGACAGUGUCACUGUGGCGAGCUGACACACUCAGUCCGAAGCAACAGCUGCUCAUCCAAAAGUGCCUGCAACACAACUUACAUAAACCCUAUACCCAACUUGUGGAGGGAGGCUUGAGAUGUGUGUGGAUAUGUAUAUGAAUAUGAAACCGAUUCUGGCGAGAGCAAAAACUGGAUCGAAUUUUGCUUGUUCGGCGUCUGCUCCCAGUCAUGGUAGCCUACCUAAACUAUUGUUUAUUUGCAUAACUGUAGUGAAUGGAAGCCAGCAUAAUUAGCAUUUUUUUGCUUUAAUUGUGGAAUUACGCAUGAGUUUUCGGAAUAUUUAGAUGGAAACCCCUCUAUUGUGUCCAGACAAUUGGUUUCACUGUUACAAUGGCCCUAGAUUUACUGCAAAGGCAUUAUCUUUCUUACAGCUCCCUUUGCUAUAACAAUUACUUAAAGCAGAAGUGGGCUAUUUAAACCAUGAAACCAUUUUUUAGGAUAACAUAACUAGAUGAUCCAUUAAGUACUGCGGCUGAAGAAGAUAAAGGGAUGUCAGGAGAUAGUAUUUAAUGUUUCCACAGUCAUAUUAUUAUACUAUUUCAUAGAACCCGGUCAGUUAAUCCAAAUUUUCUUUUGGGCUGUGAUGAUCGUGUUUGUAAUAUUUGAUGAUGCAUCUUUACACAUUUAGAGCAUCAAGGCCUUGAAGGCAAAACUGUACUCAUGUAUCUCUCUGUACUCAUGUCUAUCUCUGUUCACAUUCAGUGCUUGUUAAACCCCCUGUUUCAAAAGAGUCUUCAGAUCACAAAUAAUUUGCUUUGUUUGAAGUUUAGUUCUACUGUAAAUGUUAAUGUAUAUGAUGAAAUUGUAACCUUAUAAAACUCAAGUAACAAGCAGUUGAACAGGUUUCAAUAAACACAAACUUUGAAUCUA